GUCACCGAGUUCACAAUGGCGAAGACAAGACACAUUCAAUCUUCUCUCAGUCUCAGCACGGUUCUCCUAGUUCUGUUUUCUCUAUUUCAUCACUCCCUCCAGGUCGAUCGUUUUUGUCCCCUCGAGAAGAAUGGCGACGAAUGUCGUGCCAAAAAAAAUCAAUUCAAAUGCGGAUCGUUCUUCGUCAAUCUCAGUGGAGCCGAUACCAAACUGAGUUGGUUGGGUGCUCUGCCAGAUUUCUUGAACAAGGCCUCGGCUCAAAGUUCGCCCAAGCUGAAAGCCUCGUUUGACAACAUGAAGAAGCACAACUUCCGAGUGAAAAAUGGCCAAUGUUCUGAUAGUAUGGCGAACGAAAAAUGCCACCACUUGAUGGAAGCGGUUGCGAAUACCAGAUUGGACAAUUGCGAUCAGAAUAUCUUGAAUGAGAAAGGUGACCGAACUCUGGGCGAUGUGCUUUGCCAACGAGCCAUGUUCUAUGUUCCUGGACAACACUUCCACUCGUUUGAAAAGGUCGGGUUCUAUCACUCUGCCUGUGCCGGUAAUUGGACCCAAACCCUGGAACCUAAGGGUCAACCCUUGGUUUUGAAAGAGGAGUUAUGCUGCAAAUACGAGAACGGCAAAGGAUGGUUCUUUCGUUGUGAUGGAUCCGAAUUCAAGAAGACUUGCAAUCUCGUCUCUGUUGAUAACACAAAUACAAUCACCAUGAACAAGUUCUUGUCCGUUAUGGCUCUUCUGCCUGCUUUGUCCAUGGGACAAAAUUUCCAACCCGCUUCAGCCUCGGAUUUCCCGGUCAUUGGAACGGUUCCAGGCGUGUUCCCGGAUACCGGUAUCGCUGACAACUUUUGCCGUCGGGAUAAAGGCAAAUGCGAAGCUGCAGGCAAUCAAUACAAAUGUGGAGUGUUCUUUUUGAACUUGCCCAACCAAAAAUUCCCCAUUCGAAUGCUGAGCAACAUGCCGGAUGUGCUGUCAAGACCAGCCGUGGCCAAUUCCGAGGAGAUCAGAGAGACUUUCGGCGAGUUCAAGAACGUUAAACCCAAAAGUUUCAGAUUCAGUCAGAGCUCAUUGGGAGAGCGUUGCCAACAAGACCGAAUCUACAAUGCUCGAUGCUCAGUGAUUAUGGACAAGGUGAGCAACACCCCAUUGGACAGUUGCACCAAGACCAUCUUCAACGAUCAAGGCCGAGACACCAUUGGUAACAUUUUGUGCAAGCACGCCUUUUCCUUCGCCGGAAUCCUGGAUCCUUCUUACAGAAUCAAGAUUGGUUAUCAUUACUCUUUGUGCAAGAGUGAGUGGACUCCCAUCAUCAGCGACUUGAAUACUGGUGCCCAAAAGGAGCAUUUCGAGGACCUGUGUUGCAACUACGUUGGUGGCGCACCCACUUUCCAACGUUGUGAUGGAACGCCCACUGUGACCACUUGCCCUCAAUAAGAACGGAGACGGAACAGAUGAAUUAGAUGCGCACAACUAUGGGUCACAAAAUUAUGCACGAACAGGAUCAGCCACAUAACGUAUUAGAUCACCCACAAAGAAAACGGCUUUGUCGAGCCCAACAUGUAAUUCACUUAAUUAAGAUAUAUAUAUAAAUAUCUCUUUGUAUUACCUGCUAAUUCUAAAACACAAUUCAAUCUCGCCUGUGUAUUUGUUAGUCCUUUCUAGAUAAUGCAUUCAAUUUGAGUAUAUAGAACAUCAAUCUUUUUAAUUUAAGGGAACCAAGAGAUCUUAAGGAUCAUGUUGGUUGGGUUUCGGAUACGAAUAAAAACUUGCAUUUCAGUCGGAACAAAAACGACAAAA